AUGAUUAAAGAAAAUAACAACGAUACUAAUAACAUAUCACCUUCUGAAAAUCCUAUCAAUAACACUUCGCCUAACUUAUCUUCUUCUACCAAUACAACCUGUUCUCCUACUCAUAACAAUACAACCUGUUCUCCUACUCAUAACAAUACAACCUGUUCUCCUACUCAUACCAAUACAACCUGUUCUUCUACUCAUGCCAAUACAACCUGUUCUUCUACUCAUACCAAUACAACCUGUUCUCCUACUUAUACCAAUACAACCUGUUCUCUUACUCAUAUAAAUACAAUCUGUUCUCCUACUCAUACCAAUACAACCCAUUCACAAUUGUCUUCUACUUCUAUUUCUACCAAUACAACCCCUGAUGCUAUGUUAACUAAUGGUGAACCUUGCGAUGAUACUGAUGGUGAACCUUGCAAUGAUACUGAUGGUGAACCUUGCGAUGAUGAAUGA